AUGGAUUCCCUGAUUUCAAGAUUCCUAGAUUUCUGCAGCAGCUGACGGUGAAGGGCGUCCGCUGUGGAUUACCUACCUGCGAUUCAGCGUUGAUCAGGCCUAAUCUGGACGCUGUCGCAACACAUGUCGAGUUGAUGCGGAUGCGACGCUUCGUUACCGCCUUUUUAUUGGCUUCCUGCUAGGCCUUCGCAAUUUCUCAAAAGCCUUCGCGACCGCGACGCCUCCCGGUGUUGAUGAAUUCGUCGAGCCGUUCCAGCAGCUCUGUAGUUUUUCGGCCUGUGAUUCCGUCAGUAUUGGGCUGUACGUCUUUUCCCUAGGAUGCAUCUCACUUUUGACCGUUGACCGUUGACUUUUGACCGUUGCGCUGCUUUGACAGCAGAUUCCACGUGUCACACGUUGCACACGUGGCACACGUUUCAGGGACAUCUCAGAGUAAACCGAGUUUCACGAAUUUCGGCACAAUUCACGCGAGAAACGGCAGGGCGAGCUCGUCCUCUGUGCAAGAGGCGUGGUUUGGCGGCGACGGAGCUAUCGAGGCGUAUUUCCCGGUCUUUCCAGGCGGCGCGCGUAUUUCUUCCGCUACUUCCGCGCGAGAAGCGGUAGAUUUAGCUCCUCCUUUCUGAGAUAAAAAGCCUGGUUUGGCGGCGACGGAGCGAGUCGACGGCCUUUUCCCGGCCUUUUCAGGCCUCGUGUAUCUCUUCCUCUACUUCCGCUUCCUGGUUCGCCGAGCAGCGCGCAUCAUGCUGGCCAGGGUGUUCAACACCAUCAUCGGGGGGUCUGGGUCGAAGCUGGAGAGAGCGCUGGGGGAUGCUUUCCCAGAAGGGGAGCGCUACUUUGGGCUCGAGAACUUUGGCAACACGUGCUAUUGCAACAGCGUGCUGCAGGCCUUGUAUUUCUGUGUGCCGUUUCGCGAGCACCUAUUGGACUACUACGCCAAGCACAAGCCAGCCAACGAGUCCGAGGAGACUCUUCUCACGUGCCUUGCUGAACUUUUCAACCAGAUCAACUCGCAGAAGCGCAAGACGGGGGUCAUUGCCCCUCGUCGCUUCGUGCAGCGGGUGAAGAAGCAGAAGGAGCUCUUCCGCAGCUACAUGCACCAGGACGCCCAUGAGUUCCUUAACUUCCUGCUCAACGAGCUGGUGGACAUCCUUGAGAAGGAGGCGCGCGCAGGCAGAGCAGAGGCGGGGAGAAUUAUCGAUCCCAACCUCCCUGCUGCUGCUCCUGCUGCUGCUUCUGGUGCUGCCCCUGCUGCUUCGUCCUCCAACUUUGCUUCUGGUGCUGCUGUUGCCACUCCUGCUGCGGGCUCUGGGGAUGAUUUGGGAGGGGCGAGAGGGAGUGAGGGAGCGCGGGAGGGGAGGGAGAGUGAGGGUGGGGGAGGGAGUGCGGCGGCAGCGGAUGGUGCGGCUACUGGGGCUGCAGCAGUUACUGGGGGUGCAGCGGCAGCAGCAGGGGGGAAUGCGUCAGCUGGAAGUACAGCAGCAGCAGCACCUGCAGCAGGGGCUGCUGGGAGUGCUGGUGGCGGGGCUGCCAACGGGGCGAAACCCAUGGUGGUAACAUGGGUGCACGAGAUAUUCCAGGGCACCUUAACCAAUGAGACUCGGUGCCUGUGCUGUGAGACAGUGACUGCGCGGGACGAGGCGUUUCUAGAUCUGUCGCUCGACAUCGAGCAGAACAGCAGCGUCACCAGCUGCCUGCGCAACUUCUCCUCCACCGAGACGCUCAACGGCAAUGACAAGUUCUUCUGCGACACCUGCUGCAGUCUCCAGGAGGCACAGAAGCGGAUGCGCAUCAAAGUGCCGCCGCGCGUGCUAGCGUUGCACCUGAAGCGCUUCAAGUACAUGGAGCAGCUCGGCCGCUACAAGAAGCUCGCGUACCGCGUCGUCUUCCCGCUCCGCCUGCGCCUCUGCAACACAGUGGACGACGCGCCCGGCGCCGAGGCCGAGUACUCCCUCUUCGCAGUGAUCGUGCACGUCGGUAGCGGGCCGAACCACGGGCACUAUGUGGCUCUGGUGAAGAGCCACAACCACUGGCUGUUCUUUGAUGAUGAGAAUGUGGAGCAGAUCGACGAAUCGCUGGUUCAGACGUACUUUGGGUCGUCGCAGGAUUACUCGAGCAACACGGACCACGGGUACUUCUUGUUUUAUCAGUGCUUGGAGCCGGAGCUGCUUCAAGGGCCCGGCGCAGGAGCAGCUGGUGCCGCUGCUGGUGCUGCUGCCGCUGGCUCUGUUUCUGGUGCUGCUGCUGGUGCUGGUGUGUCCGCUAGUGGUGCUGCUGCUGCUGCUGCUGAAGCUGGUUCUGGUGCUGGUGAUGGCUCGGCUGCUGGUGCCAGGUCAACCAGCGGUGUUAGUGGCGCGUAACACGGACUAUGGGCACAGGAGAGGGGACAGGUGCUUCUGCAGGUGCUGCUUCAGGGGUCAGGGGCGGGAACAGGUUGCUGCCAUCGCCGUCUCACAACACGGUCUUUCUAGGUGUGUUUUGAGUCGCCUCAAAGUACACCUGGACAAGCUGCUGCAAGGGUGAGGGGGUGAACAGGUGCUGCUGUCACCCUCUCACAACCAGUCUUCCUAAAUGUAUGGUAUUUUUAUGUGGUGGUGCCGGUUCUGCAAGUUAGCGAUAGUGGUGGCAGCGUUGGUGCUGGUCCCGCGUGUGGUGAUGGUGCUGAUGGUGGUGGUGGUGGCUCGGUCCCAGUACCAGUACCUGUAGUGCUCGGGCAAAGGGAGAAGGAGCGAGCAUGGAGAAGGGUGAUGGUGCUGCUGCUCACAGGUCAUUUUUUUGGUUCAGUGGCUGGUUCAACAGGAUUCAAGGGCUGAAAUACCCUUAGGUUGGUGAGAACCAGUAAUCUGGUAUUGGCCGUAGUACGCUUCAUCGCGCGAUACAGGGGCACGCUCUUUGGCUCUGUGAUACAACAAUCAAGGGAUCGAAACGAAACCAAGAAAUAUCAGUUAUGGGUACCAUACUAAAAGGUGCAGGUACAGCACUCAAACCCUAAAAUUUCAGUACUGUCAGGCUAUUCAGUGACAUCCAACGAAACAAAC